AUGGCCGCCCAAAGCACCCUCCCCCUCUCACAGGAGCAAACCUCCAACUUCGCCCUGCAACAAUAUCUCCUCCUGCACUCCCAACACGAGGAGCUCCGUCAACACCUCGACCAGAUCAGGCCCAUCACCACUACCUGCAGCACCUCCCUCGCCUCCUCACCCUCCGUGUCCCCCACCCGCAGCACCUGCUCGCCGUUCGGACAGUACCCCACCGGCGGUCGCAGACACCACAGCCGCAGCCGGCGCUCGUCGCUCUCCUCCCCCAAGGCGCGCCGCAGCAGCUCCCUCGCUCCGAUCGCGGACGAGACGACGAUCUGGGCCGUCGCGGAGGAGGAGCAGCGUCUGUUCGACGUCAACGAGGGCAUGAAGCGGGCCCUGAUGGAGCUGCUCAACUGCGAGCAGGUGCGGAGCGACAGCUCGUUCCGCAUGUGGGUUCAGUGCCGUCUCAUGGAUACGGAGAAGGAGCUGCGCUCUGAGCGACGACGUAAGAGCUCUCCCUAA